AUGGAAGUUAAAAUUAAUUGCGCACAAUGUAAUAGAUCUGUUGAUACAAAUGAAUUAAAUUGUUGCAAUCAUUGUGGUUCAAGUUUUCAUCAUAAUUGUGUUUCAAUUCAAGGUACAAACCACUGGGUUUGUCAUAGUUGUAAUCAAUAUCAUUCAUCAUAUAGCACUAUUAAUACUCAACAAUGGAUUCAACAAUUACAACAACCAAAUGAUUUGUCAACCCAACAACAACCAAUCCAACAAGAUCAAGCUUCUUCACCAGUCCAACCAACUCAACCAAUCCAACAACAAGUUUCUUCACCAUUAAUAAAGAAUGAAUCAGAUAGUGAGUCAGAUAGUGAUGAUACCGAAGAAGAUGAAGAAGAUGAGCAAUCAAAUCAAUCGAACAGUGAAUCAACUUCAAUUACAUCUAAAAAGGUAAAAAAAACUUCAUCAGCAUCUGCCCUAUCAAAUGAAACCAAAGCUAAAGGCCAUUGGACCAAAGAAGAAGAUGAACGUCUCAGACAACUUGUUGAUCUCUAUGGUACUAAAAGAUGGAAGUAUAUCGCUUCACUUUUAUGCCUCCGUAACGGUAGACAAUGCAGAGAAAGAUGGUCAAAUCAAUUAGAUCCAACCAUUAAGAGAGAUGCAUGGACUUUGGAAGAAGAUAAAAUUAUACUUGAAGCUCAUGCCAAGUUUGGUAACAAAUGGGCCGAAAUUUCUAAACUUGUCCCAGGUAGAACCAAUUGUGCCAUAAAGAACCAUUGGAACUCAACAAUGAAAAGAAAAUUGAGUAAAAAG